AUGCCUUUUCAGGAGGGGUCAUUGCCGGUCCGUUAUCUUGGUGUGCCGCUGAUUUCAUCUAGAUUGGCUGCGCGUGAUUGUAAAUCCCUUGUGGAGCGGAUAGAAAAACGCAUUGAUAACUGGAUGACCAAGUCAUUGUCGUUUGCGGGGAGACUACAACUGAUCAAUUCUGUUUUGGCAGCCAUGUAUUCUUAUUGGGCUUCAGUUUUUAUGCUCCCCAAUGGUGUUAUUAAGGAUUUGGAGAAGCGAUUGCGUUCUUUUUUAUGGAACGGUGCAUGGUAUGAUCUUUUUCCGGUUCUUAUUGAUGUGAAUGUUCCUCAGAUUAUUCCUGAUGCGGAAGAUUGGUUACACUGGAAAGACACAGAUGGUAGAUUUCAGGAUUUUAAAACUGGGGAGGCUUGGAAUAGCUUGCGGCAUAGAGAGGGGAAGGUGUUUUGGGUCAAUGCGGUCUGGUUCAGUCAAUGCAUCCCUCGACAUUCUUUCCACUUGUGGUUAGUCAUCAAGAACAAGCUAAAGACUCAAGACAGAAUGGCAGAUUGGGAAGCGGGCAGCGCUACUAAUUUGAGAGUCAUGUGUUGUCCCUUGUGCAAACAUGACCGUGAUUCUAGAGAUCAUCUAUUCUUCCAAUGCCCUUAUUCUUCUGAGGUAUGGGGUUUAGUGAGGAAGAUGGUAGACAUGGGAAGUGCUACGGAUUCGUGGUCUUCUAUUAUGCUAUGGAUGGAACUCAAUGCUCAUUCGAAGACUUUGGAUCAUAUUAUUUGUAAGAUCUUGUUAGCAGCUACAACGUACUUUAUAUGGCAAGAAAGGAACAGUCGAUUGUUCUCUCAAAUCCAAAGGAAGACGUGUGAUCUCUCGAAGAUUAUUAUUGAUACAGUUCGGCUGAGGAUUAUGGGCUUCAAACUUGGUGGAGAACCGAAGCAUAGGAAGACAUUGGAGACAUGGCUGAUCUCGAAGAAUAUGGAGCUUGAUCCGGGCUAA